AUGACCUGCUACACUCAGCUAUCACUACCACUUUGCAUCCUCUCCGUGCUUGGACCCCUCGCCUACGUCAAUCACCACAGCUAUAAGAAGUGUAUCAAGAGCACAACUAUUGCGGUGGGAUAUACUGCUCCUAUUGAAGUCGUUCUCAGGAGUCAACCAAAAUUUACCGUCUCCUUCCUCCUCUGUUACCUCCCGUACCAGAUCUCCCUUGCCUUAUUUGAUCACUGUCGAAGCGUACCUGCAAUCAUUGGCUCAUUGUGGGAGCCCCCUACAUCUGCUGACUCCUUCACUUCCCGCAACUACAUCGUAUCAACUGGUGAAGAAGGAGAAGAAAUGAUUAGUGGUGAAGAAGGAAAAGGAAUUUCUGAAUCCUUCUCUGUUCUAGCUGCUAUUGUUCUUAGGUACGAAACAUUAAUCAGAGAUACAAAAUUCAACAAUAAUAUUGGAGAUUUAAAUGUCGGGCACAAAGAUUUCAUGGUUCAACAAAGAGCUAUUGAGAUUUGA